AUGCAUUCGUUGCUGCAACGCUUCAAGGGAGGGAAUGACGAACCCGAACCUCGACACCAAACACCUGACCCACCUGUCAAGAGAAGCCGAGCAAAGGUCAGGCCUGCCCCUAAAGAUCCGAACAUCCCAAGAAAGCGUCUUCAGGUGAACCAGAAAUGCCUCUACGAGCGCCAAUUACCUGGGAAAGCGUACAUCUCUGCCCAUGUAAAUCGACUUCAACACGGCUACUACAAAUCCAACGCACUUCACGAACCCACUAUCGACAAUCUCUUCUUCGUUUCAGUGCACUUCGUCUUCCAUCCCCAUGAUCCGGAUUCGCACCGUUUCAAGAGCGCCGAAAUUGAGGUCACGGUUCAUGGCGAUAACGGCGACCCGAACGAGUUCCGAAAGCCAGGCGAUUCGCAUCCGCGUAUCUUGAAGCACGCGCCAGAGCUAAUGUUUGGUGCCGUGUCGCCUGAGAACCUGCAGUGGAACUUUAGCUUAUCAAGCUCGCUAGGCGUGUCACAGGCACCCGUGUCUGCUUCGCUGAACCCGAAAGCAGCUGUAAACAGCAGCUACAAAGUUUUCCACAUGAUGAGCAUCCAAGGAUCUGUUCGAUCAAAGAGAAGUUCACGGGGACCAGAAUAUGAUGCUGAAGAUGCAAAAGCCGUUUGGACACUCACAGAGAACAUGCUCCAGAAAUCGGGCUUGCCACGCGAAUUUGACUUCGUGCUGCUAGUGCAGAAGCCAGAGGACCUCGAGAACAUAUACAUGUCUGUUGAUCUUAACGCGGAUGUCGGAGCUUGGUACGGCACCUAUCCCCAGUGGUAUACCAAUCUGUCGAAGUAUUUGCCAAACCAAGAUUGUAUGCUCAGCUUUGGGAACGACAUCGGGCAACGGUUUCUUCCGAGCCAUCCAAAGAAGGGUUACAAUUUCGCCAACCUGAUGCACGCGCUCGAUGAAUACGUGAUGAUGCCAGGAACCGUGUACCCAACUAGUGGUACGCGGCAAGGAGAGGUCAACAAUCCCAACUUGAUAGAAUAUCAACCUCCGGAAGACGUUAAAGCAAUUGAAGCUGCGUCGACAUCAUUGCAGCCUAAGCAGCCCAGUACGCCUUCGAACAAGAGCAAGUCACCUAGAGAUGCAAAUCAGCAGCAUCGCCGUAGCUGGGCGCCCGAAAACGUGAAUGUGCGAGUCAUUCUGGAACAUCAGUUUCCACAAGGAUCUAAUCGGCGCCGCUUCUCGUACUCGCCUCUGGACAACUUGGAGCCUGUACGAUACCCGUCAAUACGGCGGAGGAAGUCGCGGACAGGACUGAAAGAGUAUGGUGCAAAGCAGGCCUUGGAUGAAGUCGCCCAGGAUGGAAUCGAAGACAAGGGUGACAGAUCAAGUGGAGGAGACAGACUCAGUGGCUACACACUGAGGUGA